CUUCAAUCGUGUAGACAUUACUUUCGUUUGGUCGUUCGCCAUGUCAGCUGCCCGUGGUCUGAGGUGGUCAAGUCGACAGAUCAGUAAUGGUCACCAAAGAUUACCAAGUUUGCGCAUAUCGGGCGCGCGCCAUUACUCCCUCAACACCUACCAGAGCUCGCUUUCCCGCCUGAGAAGCAAUCGGACCUCGACGACUACCAGACAAUGCCUUGCCCAACAGUCCCGGUCAAUAUCAUUAUUUGGCUGGGGUUCCAGCAAAUCCUCUAGCGACCCAGUAGUAUCAUCAACACCGCCAAAUACCUCCAAUGCGGCGCAAAAUCUAGUUGAACCAACUCGGAUAGUUAAAGCAUCCCAAGGAACUGCAGACACUCCCGAUCCUACAUUCACACAUCCACAUCCUGUGAGCAGUGUCGAACCGGAAGCUCUCCGCAAUCUGGAAAACGAAAUCCUCAAGCCUCAUGGCACGACCCCCUCCCCCGAAGUGGCAGCUGAUGUCCCAGAUUUAUCCUCGAUACCUGAAGAUAUUGGCUACCUGAAAACAGUGUGCGGACUUGAUUUUGGCUGGGGUCCGACGUCCACGCUAGAAUUCUGUCUGGAACAUCUACAUAUCACGGCAGGUCUGACAUGGACAGCGUCAAUCAUAGCUCUGGCCUUUCUCAUACGAGGCAUGAUCUUCUUUCCUGCCGUGGGUGCUGCAGACCAGGGUUCAAGAUUGAAGCUGGUGCAGCCAGCGGCCACAGAGCUCCGGGAAAAAGUACAAGAAGGUCUUCGCAAUAACAACAGACAAGCCGCAAUGGAAGCUCAGCAGCAGAUCCGGGAGAUCUACAAAGAAGCCGGUGUUUCAAUGAGAAAGGCAUUCCUUCCCGUGAUUCUACAGAUGCCGCUUCAAUUCUGUGCAUUCCGCCUCCUACGAGAUGCCGCAGCAGUACCGGUUCCGGCAUUCGAAAGCGAGCAAUUUCUAUGGAUCACGGAUCUCUCGGUGGCCGACCCAAUGUAUCUCCUACCUUUGGGCACCGCAGCGAUGACAUAUUUCAACAUGACAGCGAGCUCAAAACAACAAGCCAAUCCACCACCCCUUUUCAAGUUAUUUCAAACCGUCGCGCCACCGCUGUCGUUCAUCUUUUUGUCUUUCCAGUCCUCCGCAGUUCAAGUUUUCUUCUUGGUCAACGGCUUCUUCUCCCAGAUCCAGAUCACGACGAUCAACAACGCUGCUUUCCGGCGGUGGAGAGGUAUGAUGCCCCUGGCUCCUCCUCCCUCGCCCUCCAGCGACAAAUUCUCCGGACGUCUCGCCAAGAUGAAUAUUGCCGCAAACAGCAGCUCUCAGUCAUCCAAAGUUGUGUCGACUGAACCAGCUCCAGGCGGCGAGCGUAGUAUCAUCGACAAGGGUGUGGACGCCGGUCGAGCGGCGUGGACAAAGACUGUCGGCGGCAUUGGUUCAACAUGGAGAAAGGAAACUCAGAAGCGGCAGGAGAAGGCCAAGAUAGACGAGAGAAAGACGGCUGCGGCCAAGUACGAAGCUCAACGUCGACUGGACCUGGAGCAGGAGAGACUGUACAGGAACGCGACUGCUGCCAGUAGUAGUGUCCGCGUCAACAGGAAUUCUACUUCGGCAUUUGUUUCGACAAGUACGAAACAACGAGAUGGACAAUAAUACGAUAAAAGAAAAGAAUGUUUGUAUUACCAGGAUUUGUACAGCAUUGAUCAUUGUUUUCUUAACAUACAAAUAUACCAGGUCAGGUAGACAAUGUUGAAAAGAUUCCCCACACCAUAC